AAGUUUUAAUUUCUUCCCGUUGACUUAGCUUAAGAAAAUUAUAUGCAGAUCCAUGUAUAAGUUGGGUUAUUUGUAUGAUCUUGUUUUUGUGUUUAUGGCCUAAUUUUUGAAAGAUUAUUGAUGUAGUAAAAGAUGAUUAUUAAUUUUCCUCAAAAACCAUCUUUCCUUUCAACAGCUCUUAUAGAAGAUGGUUGAUGCUGAGGAAAUUCUACCUCUCGUCUUUGACAAUGGAACUGGAAUGAUCAAGGCUGGUUUUGCUGGUGAUGACGCUCCACGAGCUGUAUUUCCAAGCAUAGUAGGCAGACCUCGAGAUACAGGUGUCAUGGUUGGCGUGGAUCAAAAGGACGCAUAUGUUGGUGACGAAGCUCAGUCAAAAAGAGGUAUCCUUACCACAAAUUACCCAAUGGAGCACGGAGCUGUCAUCGAUUGGCAUGAUAUGGAAAAGAUUUGGCAUCACACAUUCUACAAAGAACUUCGUGUUUCUCCUAAAGAACAACCAGUUCUACUUACAGAAGCACCGCUCAACCCAACCACCAACAGGGAGAAGAUGACACAAAUUAUGUUCGAGACUUUCCAUGUACCCGCAAUGUAUGUUGCUAUUCAGUCACUUCUCGCGCUUUACACAAACGGUCUUACAACAGGUAUUGUCUUGGAUUCGGGCCAUGGCGUGACCCACGCAGUACCCAUUUACGAUAGCAAUGUUCUCCAAGAUGCAACCUUCAAGAUGAACCUGGCCGGUGAUGAUUUAACAGGUUCAUUGAUGAACAUGCUUUCGGAAAGAUUAGUGUACCCAUUCACCACAAAUAAUGCAGGACGUGACAUAGUGCGCGACAUCAAAGAAAAGCUUGCAUACGCGGCCCUGGAUUACGAGCAAGAGCUGGAGAAGACAGACGAUGUCAGCAGCAGCUCUUACAAGUUGCCCGACGGGCAGGUGAUCACAAUAGGAACAGAGAGGUUUGAAUGCCCGGAAAUUCUCUUCAGGCCUGCCUUGAUUGGGAUAGAAUCACCUGGAAUUCAUGAAGCAGUUUACAAUUCAAUUAUGAAGUGUGAUGUGGAUGUUAGAAAUGAUUUGUGUAAAAAUAUCAUUCUUUGUGGCGGCUCGACCAUGUUUCCUGGAUUUGUGGAAAGGCUGACUAAGGAAUUAAUUACUCUUCUUGCUCCCGGUUCUAUGAAGAUUGAAGUGGACGCUACACCGUAUAGAGAUUAUAGCGUUUGGAUCGGUGGAUCAAUCUUGGCCUCUCUCAGUUCAUUUCAAGAGACGUGGAUUACUAAGCAACAGUACGAUGAAUCUGGUCCAUCUAUUGUUCAUAGAAACUGCUUUUAA